AUGAAGGGCGAGGCGCUCCACGCCGCCCGGCAGGUGCUGGACCGCCUCUUUGCGCAGGACCCGAGCAACCUCUGGGGCGCGCCCGUGAACACGGCGCUGUACAGCGACUACCUCAACGUGGUCAAGCGGCCCAUGGACCUGGGCACGGUCCGGGCGCGCGUCGAGUCGUACGCGACGAUGGCCGCGUUCGCGGCGGACGUGCGUUUGGUCUACGAGAACAGCGCGCUCUACUGCAAGGCGCGGUUCCCGGACGUCGCCAAGGGCGCGCGGACCAUCCUGCGCAAGUUCGACAAGGAGUGCCAGGGCCCCCUGCGGCCCUUCCUCCAGCCGGCGGCGCGGAGCGCGUGGGGCGACGACGGCGCCGCGUCCGCCGCGCGGCAGCCGGCGGCGGCGGCGGCGGGCCCGCCGCGGGAGAAGCUGCCCAUGACCGACGCCGUCGACAGCGCCGUCGUGCGCGUGCUCCAAUCUUUAAAACGCCACAAGGCCGCGGCGCCCUUCAAGGCGCCCGUCGACGUGAAACAGUACGCGGACUACGUGCCGCGCCUCGCGGACGCCAAGGGCCCGGGCCAGCCCAUGGACCUGAACAAGCUCGAGGUGCGCCACCGGUCCGGCGUCUACCGGCGCGACGUCGGCGCCUGGGUCCGCGACGCGCGGCGCAUCGCCGCGAACUGCCUGCGCUACAACGUCGACGUGCGCUUCCCGGAGCUCCGGAACGCGGGCCGGGCCUGGCUCGCGGCCGUGGAGAAGGAGGUGGAGCACAAGCUGCGGCCGGCGCUCCGCGCCGCGGGCGCGACGGACGUCGAGCUCGACAAGGCCGUGCCGCGGCUGCUGCCGCGGUACGAGAAGAUCCUGUCGGCCGUCGAGGACGCGGUGCUCAACGUCUACGACGGCGGCGUGCAGCGCUGCUACGCGUUCAUCAGCCCCAUCACGGCCUACUACGACGCGCGGGAGCAGGGGCAGAAGCGCACGCUCGACGACUACCUCCGGGCCGUGCCCGAGCCCAUGUGCGUCAACGAGGUCUUUCGGAGAUUGCUCGAGGGCGACUACAAGCGGCCCGACGACGUCGCGCGCGACGUCGAGCUCAUCUUCGCCAACUGCCGGGCCUACUACGGGCCCCGGGGCAGCGGGCGGGUUUUACAUGGUGACGCGGACGCGGACGCGUACUGCGAGUUGGCGAAGCUGUUUUCCGCGCGGUGGAAGGCGAAGCUGCCCGACCUGGCCAAGGCGCCGGCGAAGCGCGACGACCGGCGGCCGUCGCCGUCCGCAAAACCGCCCGCGGCGAAGCCGCCGCCGAAGGCGCGCGCGGGCUCGUCGGAAAGGCCGCCGGCGGAGCGGCCGCCCGCGCUCGCCCUCAAGGGGUCCGUGGGCCAGCAGGCCGCCAAGAUUUUGGACGCGCUGCGCGCCGUCAAGCACCCCGACGGCCAGGAGGCGGCCCUGGGCUUCCUCCACGAGAACAUGCUGCCGCCGGAGCAGGGCGAGUACGCGACGGCCAUCGGCGGCGCGCACAACGCGCGCGACUUCAACCGCAUCGAGGCCAAGGCGCGGGGCGGCGGCUACCGAAAUUUGCAGGCGUUCGGCGACGACGUGGCCAAGUGCUUCGCGAACGCGCGGGCCUGGAAGGCGCGCGUCGAGUUCCUGCACCGGGGCGCGCCGGAGGCGUGGUGCUCGCAAAAGCCCAUCGCGGGCGCGAUCGUCGAGGGGGCCGAUUUACUGGCACCUUUGCUGCGCACCUACCUCGCCGAGGCGCCGGUCGAGGCGCCCAAGUCCGUGCCCAAGCUGAAGAUCAAGAAGCUCGCGCGGCCGCCCGCGCCGCCGAGCGCGCUGCAGCAGUCGGCGGCGCACGUCGCGGCCGCCGUCGCGGCGUUGCCCGCGCGGCGGUCGCCGAGCCCGCCGCCCGCGAAGAAGAAGCGCACGCCCGGCGACGUCGCGCGGAGCCCCGCGGCGGCGCGGGAGCCCUGGGUGGCCCAGGCCGACCGCCUCUUCGACCGGGUCCGGAAGCACGAGUGGGUGAAGCCGGACGGCUACUACGGCAAGGUCGUGGGCUGGCACCGGCCCGCCGUCGAGGCCUUCCCGCUGAUCCGCCACGAGUACCUGGCCAAGAUCGCCCGGCCCAUGGACCUGGGCCAGGCGCUACGCGAC